UGGAGAUCUCGGUUGUGUCUUUGACCCUCGUCUCUACUGUCCCAUUGUAAUCAUCUGUAGUUUCAGUCGGGGAAAAAAAAAAUGUUUUAGCAGUACAUGGAGGAACUGCUGUUGUCAGCUGAUGUGUUGGGACAUUUCAGUGGAAUUAUGCAGUGCUGAGUCGACAAUAAAUAGGUCAGGGAUGGUGGAAGAGGGCGCUCAUGUGGUGAAGGAGAAAACCGAGGCACAGACAUCGGAAUGCCACAGGCUGUCUCACUGCUGCCCUUUCUGCUGGCGCUCAUGGGAUAUGCUUUUGCAGGGCUCAAUAUCUGGCCCUCCUUCCACGUUGCCCUUAGCAACGCCAGUGUUUUUGUGGACUUCAGCACAAAAUCCAACAGCAGCACCAUCCGCAACACGAGCCUUUCUCUGGUCAACACGGACACCAACACCACCCUUCUGACCAGGACUAUCCCCAACAACCAAUCGGACGGUAGGGUGGAGUUCAACUGUUCUUGUUUCCUGUAUGCGGGAACUUUCCGGUUCUUGCUGAGGCAGACCAGCAUCACUGCUGUAUCUCCUUCUAAUGGCACUCACCACAGUAUUGCAGAGAGCACUACCUGGUGGUGGAGUUCUGAACUGCAGGUUCAGUGGCCCACCUUUCACAUCGCUGUGGACAGGGCCGGGAACCACUCAGGAUCAUUUCAGGUUGGGAUUUCCACUAAUGAACACUUUCAGGCUUGCUCCAGCGGCAUUGACUCGGCUCUCUUCUUAGAAGUCAGCUACUUGGAGUACAACCAGAUAGGGCGAAUCAGCAUCGACAAGGUCCAAGCCCGCACAAGACACCCGAUCAAACCCCUCCGUUCCCAGAGUGUUGAGCUGUCCUGCGCCUUCCCCUUCACCGAAAGAGACUUCAUUCGAGUGGCUUUACGGUCUCCACAUGCAGCACAAGAUGUGAAGAGCUCUGGACCUCUCUACCUGUCCCGCAUCUUCUCCUACAAGCUGCUGGUGGAAAAUACCAACGCUUACAGGAGUGGUUGUGAAGGGACGAUGACUGUCAAACUGAUAACCCCACCGUGUGCUCACAUCAAUGGGAAAGUAUUGCUGUAUAAGGACGCAGGUGUUGGGAGAGGGAUUGCUGUUUCCUCUGGGAUGGAAGCAGGUGAAACAGCACUGAUGGGGUUUGGACCAGAGGAGCCCUCUUCACCUCUGCUGGCCUUUAACUGGCUGACCCAGGGAGAGAACGAGACAGAAUUCAACUGUUCUGUGUUUUACACUGGAAGGAAUAAGUACUGCUUUCGUUUCGUUUUCAACUUCAGUCGCUCCCCUAGUCCUGCACAGACCUGUUUGGUGGUUCACAGGAGCGCAGAGUCAUGGGGCCCAUGGCUGCCGUGGAGCGCCUGCAGUGUGAGCUGUGGAGAGGGGGUGAGGGAACGAGUGCGUGAGUGUUUGCUGCCCUCAGGUGUGGGAGGGAUGCAGUGCACUGGCAUGGUGAAGGAACAGUCCCUCUGCUCGCUGGAGGACUGUGUCGUCUUGCCCGUUCCUUCUCCAUCCCUCCCCCCUGUGGCUGUCGGAGUCGCCCCCCUAGGUGGUAACAUGGUUGUGGUGGCUGGUAUCUCCAUUUGCCUGGUUGUGAUUCUGGCUACCGUUGUGGUGACGUUGUGGAGAAAGCUUUGCAAGACCCCUCAGUGCACCUCUGUCCGCAGAGGCUCCAUGCAUUCCCCUGGAGGACGCAAGCUCUCCGAUGAGGCGUCCAUUUGCGGCCACAGCCUUCAAAGACCAAGCCUGUCUGACUGCCACGGCCAACCGGGGGGAAUGGGUUUGGGUUUAGCCCAGAAAGACAGGCCUUCCCUGGGCAGUCAGCCUCUCUCACAGUCCCUGGUGAUACCUCUCUCACAGGACCCAGAAAGGCUGUCCCCCACGGGUCAGAAGAUGCUGCCACCAAUAUUUGGGUACCGAUUGGCUCAGCAGCAGUUGAAAGAAAUGAAGAAGAAGGGGUUAAAGGAGGCAACACUGCUGUACCAUGUCUCUUCAAGCCCAGUCCAUGACACCCUUGUAGGGACAUCUGCUUUACCCACAAACUCCCCCAUUUCUACACCAAGUGGACUGGCUCAUCCCACACUCCCUUUGGGCCUCCAGGACGACGAAAACCACGAUCAAUUUCGGAUUGCAGAUAACUUUUCUGAGCUGCCAUCGCAGACUUCCAGGAUCACGCCGGACAGAUCGAGUCCCAGAGUGGAGCUGGUCUUAGGUCCUUCUGCUCAUGCAAGUGGGGGCAGCUCAAAAUGGCGUGACCGCACUGCAGACUGGGUGGAGAUGGUAGAGAGGAGUGGGUUAGUAGGUAUCAGAGGCGGAGGAGAGGCAUCGAUAGGAAACUCCUAUAAUAAGAAUCCACAUUUUCGCCGGACUUCCAGUUUUAAUGACACCAAACCCCAACUUCUAUCCUCUGUACACUCCAGACAGUUCAGAGAAAGGAGCAUGACCCAGGUGGGAUCUCGGACCCUUCCUGAAGGAAGUUGUUGGAAUAAAGGAGGACGGGAGAGGCAGCCAUAUAGCUCUUACCCCAUUCCAGAGCACGGGGUCCCAGAGUGGGCUAAAUCCAGACCCCAGAGGAAUGACCAGAGGAAGCCCUGGAUAGAGACAGCUGCUCCCUGUCAGAGCAAUGAACUCAAACACACAGGAACCAACACAAACGGCAUUUCAGCAUCUGAGAAAUAUGCUAAAGCAGAAGUCAGUGCUGCUCAGGAUAGGCAAAGAAGUGGCGAGGCAGGAGGUGGAGAGGGAAUCUCAGGGAUCGGGGGUCCAUUCGCGGGGCUUGCCAGCCUCAGUGUGGAUCGUGCUGAGCAGAACUGGAACCGUCGCGGCCCAUCGCCUAUCCAGAGAAACAUCCUGGCGCGGAAAUUAAAGGAGGCUCAGUCGUGCUCUGGGGUCAAGGGGCGGCAGCGCAGCUCCACCUUUAGUGUAUCGUCUUCGGAGCAGAGGAAAGGUCGCUGCCACUCUCUGCCAAUGUCUGGAGGCUACAGCAGCAGCAGUGGUGGCUCGCCCUACAGGCUGAGUGAGGCAGAGCAGAGGAUGUUGGACCUAGAUCUGUCCUCGGCAUAUGUAGGGGAGGAGGAUUAGAGGUCUGUAGUAAUGCACCAGGGAGGAAUUCCCAUUGCUAGUUACAUGUAUUCCUAACCUAAAUCCUCUCUGCCAUAUCUGUGACUUAAUCCUCACGCAGACACACAUAUCGGUGAAGAUUGUAUUGUAUGUUUGAGAUUUUGGAAGUUCGCUUAUAUGAGAGGGAGAGCAAAAAAACAACAACACAAUUUUCUUUUUGAAAAAAGCUAUUUAAGUUUCCAUUUCAAAAUGUUUUUGUUUUUUUAUUGGAAUUGUUUAAUUUUCAAAAUUUGAUAUGCAUUAUAAUUUAACAUAUAAUGUCUUCAGAGUGUCUCAGUAGUUUUCUUUGUGUAUGAACUACUGGUAAAGCAUUUACCUUUAUAAGUCAUGUUGCCUUGUAUCUGUGUCCACUGUACAAAGUGAGUAUCAGUACAGAACAGUACAGAAGAGUUUAGUCUUGUUCUACAUUGCUGUAUGUGCUUAUUUGAUCAUGCUGUGAAGUCCCACUGUGCAAAAUAGUGCUGUUGUGAAAGUCACUCUCACUGUGAUGUUUACUGCUAAAUGACAAUUUUCUAUGUGUGACGUAAGCAAUGUCAAGCAUUUUACAGAAGUCAGAACAGCACUAUGCAGUUUGAGGACAGUCAAAUAUGAACAUCAGUGAGGCAUUUUUGCUGAGAUGCUGUUUGUUUUAUUGUUUGAGUAAUUGUAUACACUUCACAGAAAGCAGUGCCUACUGGAAAAUGGAAAAUACUGUACUAUAAACAUUUGAUUAUGAUUUCAAAUGAUGAAACAAAGGUUAAAGUUAAAAUACAAAGAAUUGA